AUGUUUUUCCGGAAUCUUUUCUUGUCCCUUUUCUUUGUCUUCGCCGUUGGCUUCGCGCUCGUUCAGGCCCAAGAGUCCAAGGAGCCUCGUGGCCCUAAGAUUACCACCAAGGUCUACUUCGACAUUCAGCAUGGAGAUGAGCCUCUCGGUCGCAUUGUGAUGGGCUUGUACGGCAAGACUGUCCCUGAGACCGCUGAGAACUUCCGCGCUCUGGCUACUGGCGAGAAGGGCUUUGGCUAUCAGGACUCUACCUUCCACCGUGUUAUCAAAGAUUUCAUGAUUCAGGGUGGUGAUUUCACCAAGGGCGAUGGCACUGGCGGAAAGUCGAUCUACGGCAACAAGUUCAAGGAUGAGAACUUCAAGCUGCGUCACACCAAGAAGGGCCAACUGAGCAUGGCCAACGCCGGCAAGGAUACCAACGGCUCUCAGUUCUUUAUCACCACCGCUAUCACCUCUUGGCUCGAUGGCCGCCAUGUCGUCUUCGGUGAGGUCCUCGAGGGUUACGAGAUUGUUGACAAAAUCCAAAACGUUCCCAAGGGUCCCAGCGACAGACCCAAGCUGGCAGUUAAGAUCGUAAAGAGCGGUGAGCUCGAGUUUGUGCCCGAGACCGAGGACAAAGAACUCGACGAAGCGCCCCAGGCUCCCAAUGCUCCCGAGGCCACUACGCCAUCUUACUCCCUGCAACUGGUCAUGAUUUUCUUCGUCCUAGUUGCUAUUGUGGGUAUCUGGAUUGCCCGUCGGCGUGGCCAGCAGCAACACCAAGAGAAAGAACAGUACGAUGCGUAA